AUGUUGCCAUUGCAAGGUGCCCAGAUGCUGCAGAUGCUGGAGAAAUCCUUGAGGAAGAGCCUUCCUACAUCCUUAAAGGUUUACGGGACUGUCUUCCACAUGAAUCAGGGAAACCCAUUCAAGCUAAAGGCCCUGGUGGACAGGUGGCCUGAUUUUAAUACAGUGGUUAUCCGUCCUCAGGAGCAGGACAUGACAGAUGACCUUGAUCACUACACCAAUACUUACCAUAUCUACUCCAAAGACCUCCAGAACUGUCAGGAAUUCCUCAGCUUACCGGAAGUCAUCAACUGGAAACAGCACUUGCAGAUCCAAAGUUCACAGUCCAGCCUGAAUGAAGUAAUACAGAGUCUUGCAGCCACUAAAUCCUUCAAAGUCAAGCAAUCACAAAACAUCCUGUAUAUGGCGAUUGAGGCAAUAAGGGAACUGGCUCCUUCCUUGCUGGAUGUAAAGAACUUAUCACUUAGUGACGGCAAACCCAAGGCCAUUGACCAAGAGAUGUUUAAACUCUCAUCCCUGGAUCCCACCCACGCUGCCGCGGUGAAUAAGUUCUGGCAUUUCGGUGGCAAUGAGAGGAGCCAGCGGUUCAUCGAGCGCUGUAUCCGGACCUUCCCCACCUUCUGCCUGCUGGGGCCCGAGGGGACCCCUGUGUCCUGGUCCCUGAUGGACCAGACGGGAGAGAUGCGGAUGGGGGCCACCCUGCCUGAGUACCGGGGCCAGGGUCUCGUCUCCUACGUCAUCUAUUACCAGACCCAGGCUCUGAUCAAACGUGGCUUGCCCGUGUACUCUCAUGUAGACAAGAAUAACAAAAUUAUGCAGAAAAUGAGUCACGGUCUGAAUCAUAUCUCUGUGCCCUGUGACUGGAACCAGUGGGGCUGUGAGCCUCUGUGA